AUGAAUUUAUCGCUUUUGGAUCCGUUUUCGCUGGCCCAGGACUAUCCGGAAACCCUAAGCAAGAGGCUGAAAUGGGGACACUCGUGUUGCAUUUCGUUUAAUCGAAAGGGAGACUACUUUGCAUCGGGGCUUGUGGAUGGCACAAUUGUAAUUUUCGAUUUCGACACGCACGGAGUUAUUGCUGUUCUUCGCGGCCACUCGCGACAGAUCCAGAGUCUCAGUUGGUCAAAAGAUGGACGGUAUAUCCUGUCUUCAUCACGAGAUUGGACGUGCAUGCUGUGGGACUUGAGCACCAAAAAGGCGACACAGACGAUCAAUUUCAACACCCCGGUCUGGGGCGCACAACUGCAUCCUUCGGGUCACGCGCUGUUUGUAGUCUCUUUGUACGAGGCAGCUCCCAAACUUGUGCACUUGGACACGGAAAGAGGAGGGGGGCCUACGAUGCAUGAUCUGCCUACAGACGAGCAGAAGGACGACGAAGAUUCGGAAACGACAAAGAAACCGGUCAAACAUCUCACUCUUGUCACGCAAUUCGACAAGUCCGGCAAGUAUAUUUUUGCAGGCACCUCUAGGGGGUUUCUUAACGUUAUCUCUACCGACACCCGUGACAUUCUGCAUUCAACUCGAGUUACGUCCUCAUCUAUCAAAAACAUUGAGGUUAGUCAAUCCGGGCGUUCUCUUGGAAUCAAUUCGUCAGAUCGAGUCAUUCGUCAGAUCCAGGUGCCGACUCUUCUGUCUACAGAGCCUGAUACAUGGGAGUUUGAAGUUAUUCUCAAAUACCAGGACGUGGUGAACAGGCUGCAGUGGAACUCCAUCACGUUUGCGUCCAAUGGAGAGUACAUGCUGGCAUCGACUUUCGAGUCACAUGACGUGUACAUGUGGGAAACGAGCAUGGGUUCGCUGGUGAAGAUCUUUGAGGGUCCCAAGGAGGAACUGACAGGCAUCUCAUGGCAUCCCAGUCGUCCCAUUCUUGCUGCUAUCGGUCUGGACUCGGGUAAGAUCUUUCUGUGGUCCACUAUCACGCCUCAGCGGUGGUCAGCUCUGGCUCCUGACUUCGUUGAGGUCGAAGAGAACAUCAACUACGAGGAAAAGGAAGACGAGUUUGAUAUGGCUGACCAGGAAGAUAUUGAUCAGCAGCGGCAGGACGAUGAGGAUGGGGAGGUAGAUGUGAUGACCAUUGAGCAGAUUAGAGGCGUUGUUGGUCAGCACGAGAGUUUCAUUGUGCCUAUUGAGUUGUCUGAUGUUGAAGAGGCUCCUGUUAGCGAUGACGACUAG